AUGGCGGGGACACGGAAUUACGAUUUUCUAAUCAAACUCCUGCUCAUCGGGGACUCUGGCGUGGGCAAGUCCUGCUGCUUGCUUCGCUUCAGUGAAGACUCCUUUACCCCGUCCUUCAUCACCACCAUCGGCAUCGAUUUCAAGAUCAGGACAAUAAAUCUAGACGGCAAGAGGGUAAAGCUUCAGAUAUGGGAUACCGCCGGUCAGGAGAGAUUCCGAACAAUCACCACCGCCUACUACCGCAAUGCCAUGGGCAUCUUGCUCGUGUAUGAUGUCACCGACGAGCGAUCAUUUAAGAAUAUCAGGACGUGGUUCUCCAACGUGGAACAGCACGCCAGCGAGGGAGUACACAAGAUACUGAUUGGAAACAAGUGUGAUGGCGAAGAGAAGCGAGCUGUAUCUGUAGAGCAAGGGCAACAGCUAGCCGACGAGCUCGGCAUUCCUUUCCUCGAAGUUUCCGCCAAAAACAAUAUCAACGUCGACAAGGCCUUCUACAGCCUCGCCACCGAGAUCAAGAAGGACAUGGACGUAACCAAGGCCGAACAGGCCGGUUCCCAGGGCGUCAACAUAGAUAACCAGAGCGGCGGGGCCGGAGGCUCCUUUGGGAAGACCUGCUGCUAG